CGGUUCCGUAGCAGAGUCAGUUGACCAGGUGUCGUGAAAACAGCAACAUACAUCCCAUAGAGUUGUUCUCUACCAAGUGUAUUAUAAAACUGUACAACAUUGGAGUUCUAAGGCCUCAUUUUAGAAUUCAAGAUGUUGUCGCGUUGGACGGUUGGCGCGGUGCUUAUUUUGGGUGUGCUGUUUUCUGUUGUCUCCAGCAGCGAACGCGUCGAGAGACCAAAGGGGUCAAAUGGUCGAAUUAAAAAGAUAAGACGUCAAAAUUCCGUUAUUCGACCUGCCACAUUGAAUGUAAACCCGAGCCCAGUAGACUACAGCACGGCUCCGCGCGACGAUGAUGUGGUUCAAUACGAUCCUUCUGGAUUGGGCUUUGAAUUUAAAUUACCGUUCGAUGGACGGUACCAACCGAUUUUUGAAAGCCAGCACGUCAAACCUUAUCAAGAACAUAACCCAAUUUACCAAACAUCACCGAGUCCUGAACCAACUUACUCGCCCCCAUCGACUACACCGGCACCUUACUUUGAACUUCCUUAUGUUGAACUUCCUCAAGUUGAACCUGCUCUUCCUCCCUACGUCCCCGACCAUCACGUGCCGAAAUCUAAUUAUAAACUUGAGACACCACUCGACAUUUCAUACACUACUGCCAAUCCAAACCAGUACAGCAACGAAUAUCCUUACUACUGCCCUAAAGUUGGCGGUUACGAGUCGCAGUGUCGGCCAGCUAAAGAUUGCGCAGUGUGGUAUGAUCUUGUUCUCAUCACUCCCGGUACUGCCUGCAAACUGCCGGAUGGACAACCAGGAACUUGUUGUCCGGAUCUUCCCCACAACGGUUAUGGCGAAGCUAUGAAGAAAACCAAGAAAAAUGUGAAAUGUGAGCAUCAGUGUAUUGACAUUUACUCUGUCAACGCUGCCGCUCACGCGGGUCGCUUCAACAUGAGGUUAAUGGACGAGACGGAGAAAUUCCUCCGCGACAAGAACAUCACCAUCAGACCCAGUUCGUCAUCUUACACGCAUUUGCUUUUCCAGACAGCGACCGAAGCUGAACAUCUUAGUCGUGCCGCAUUAACUAGCAUUGAGACAACCAGAGAACUUGGCAAAAGAUUCGAAUUGACUCCAGAAGAGGCUGGUUUGGGUUUGACCCAAUUCAAUCUCAAGGAUACCAUUUUGUCAGACUUCUGUCCAGCUGAUCCCAUUUGUGAUGAAAAGACUAUUUCUUCUCCCUUCCGGACGAUGGAUGGUUCAUGUAAUAACCUCAAGUAUCCAUCCUGGGGCAAAUCUCGCACCCAGUUUCAACGCGCACUUGUUCCAGCUUACGCCGAUGGUGUCUGGUUGCCACGGAGGACGAAAAACGGAAGCGAUCUUCCCAGUCCUCGUUUGGUGUCUAUAUCCGUGGUUUUGGAUAAAAAUUCUCCCAGUGAAGCGGAAACCACCUGGGUCAUGCAAUACGGACAGUUUCUCGCGCACGAUUUGGCCUUGAGUUCCAACUUCCGCAUGAGCGACAAUUCGGGCAUUGAGUGUUGCACGGAAGAAGGAAAACUAUUAACAGACGCUGAGCUGCUCCAUCCCGAAUGUAUGCCCAUUGAAAUUCCAGACGGAGAUCCGUUUUUCUCCAAGUUUGGUCAGCGUUGCAUGAGCUUCGUCCGCACCAUCCCAGCACCCAGAUAUGAUUGUAGCCUCGGCCAUGGAGAGCAGAUGAAUGGGAUCAGCCACUAUCUGGAUCAUUCGAACGUGUAUGGCUCCGACAAUAAACGGGCAGCUGCGUUACGCACGUAUGAAAACGGUACACUCAAAGUGACACAUCAAAAGGGCCAUUAUGACUUGGACCUACUCCCUCCGGAUAACAUGGCUGAGACUAACUGUACCUUAUCCAAAGCCGUCUCUGGCAUAGAUCCACCCGAUAAUGUGAAAUGCUUCAAAGCAGGCGAUUCACGAACGAAUCAGGCGCCCAACUUGGCUGUCACGCAAACUAUUUUCUUGCGGGAGCACAACAGACUUGCGGCGGAGCUCGCCUAUUUGAAUCCCCACUGGGAUGACGAGCGACUCUACCAGGAGGCCAGACGCAUUCUGAUUGCUCAAAUGCAGCACAUUACCUACAAUGAAUGGCUGCCCAUCGUAAUUGGUAGAGCGAAGAUGCAGGAACUUGGUUUGCUGCCACUUCAACAGGGUUUGAAUGAAAAUUACUACAAAAAUCUUAAUCCAAGCAUCUUAAAUGAAUUUGCUACCGCCGCUUUCCGAUUCGGGCACACGCUUGUCCAGGGAAAGCAAGAUCUAAUCAAUCGUCGGAGGAAGAAGGAAUCGCAUAUCCUUUUACGUCAACACUUUAAUAAAGUGCAGAAGGUCUAUACUCCGGGAAACCUUGAAAAGUUCCUGAUUGGCUUGGCGACUCAACCCGGACAAGAUUUUGACAAUUAUUUCUCUAAGGAGGUUACCAAUCACUUAUUCGAAGAGGAAGGCAAAGGUUUCGGUUUGGAUUUAGUGUCUCUAAAUAUUCAACGCGGUCGUGAUCACGGUUUGCCGGGCUACAACGAUUAUCGGGCCCUGUGCGGUAUCCCUCGCGCAAAGAAAUUCAGUGAUCUGCUUGAUUUGAUUUCUCCAGCGAUUGUUGAGCGCUUUGAGUUAUUAUAUGACUCAGUGGACGACAUCGACCUGUACAUCGGAGGAGUUUCAGAGGAUAAAGCUGAAGGGGCUUUGAUAGGCCCUACUUUCCAGUGUAUCGUGGCCGAUCAGUUUUUGAGACUGAAACGAGGUGAUCGAUACUUUUACGAUCUUGGAGGACAGCCCGGCUCGUUCACUGAAGAGCAAUUGUACGAAAUUCGGCACAUCAGUUUUGCCCGUCUCGUCUGCGACAAUAGCUUCGUAUUAUACACUCAAACUUUGAUCUUCAAAUUCGAAAGUGAUGCAAACCGAAUCGUGGAUUGUGACUCAUCCUCUAUUCCUCGUGUUGAUCUUCUGCCUUGGCAGGAGAGUUCUUCGGAAUCCUACAAAAGAUCCGGCACGGUGCCUUCCAAAAAGAUUUAAGCCAAAUAAUUUUUCUUAAGAAUUGAGUUAGUCCAUUCUGCCUCUAUUUAAAAUCAUUACAAAAUUUCUGUAACGGCGGAAAAUUUUAACAAAAAAACAAAAACAGAGGAACUGGGUUUUACUGUAUCUGUUGCAUAGGAAAAUCAGUCUGUGUCCCUCUCUUUCCCAUUAUUAUCUUGUCUCCCUUUUCUAUACAACGACGGAGAACUAAUCCUGUUAUGUGAAGCAAUACAGAAAUGUGGACCAAAAGUCCAAA